AUGAAGGCGAGUCCGGAGAGUGAGGCGACGGACGCGGAGCGGCUGCGCACCCGGGAGCGGCUGGAGGCCACGCUCGCCGGGCUGGCCGAAUUGGAAUUCCUGCGCCAGCGCCAGGAGCUGCGCGUCAAGCGGCUACUGGCCGCCGCGCCCUCCGCUUCCCUGGCCGGGAGCUGCUCCGGAGAAACGACGAGAGCCGUAGCAGGAGCCGGGAUCGCGCCGCGCAGCUUAGAAGAGAAAUUCCUGGAGGAGAACAUCCUGCUUCUGCGGAGGCAGCUGAACUGCUUAAGAAGAAGAGAUGCUGGCUUAUUAAACCAGUUACAAGAACUGGACAAACAGAUCAGUGAUUUGAGGCUGGAUGUUGAAAAGACAACAGAUGAACACCUUGACAUGGAUAGCCGUCCCAGUUCGGGGUUUUAUGAGCUGAGUGAUGGGGCUUCUGGAUCUCUCUCCAACUCAUCAAACUCUGUUUUCAGUGAAUGUUUAUCCAGUUGUCACUCCAGUACUUGCUUCUGCAGCUCUUUGGAUGCAUCUUUGAGUGGCUCUGAUGGACGGCCCAAGUCUGCAGAUUUCAUCAGCUGGCUGGAGCAAAACAAAGGAAUCCAACAAAAUGACCAAGCAGGGAUGGCCUCCCCGUCAAUGCCACAGUCAGAUUCUUUCGACAUUGUUGCAGAUGUACACCCAAAAUACCAGUGCGAUCUGGUGUCUAAAAAUGGAAACGAUGUAUACCGUUAUCCCAGCCCUUUACAUGCUGUUGCAGUGCAGAGCCCCAUGUUUCUUCUGCCGGUGACCAGUUGUCCCCCAAGAGAAGAAGUCGAAAGAACCAGUGACAAUGCUGUGGAUGUUGAACCGGAACUCAGCUCAGAAAAAACAGUGGAUUCUUGUCUUUCACAUGCUUCUCGUUCUCCGUCCUGUCCUCUACCCAACAGGAAAAUGGAUGGAUAUAUUUUAAGCCUUGUGCAAAAAAAGGCACCUUCAGUUAGGACCAAUAAACCAAGAACGAAUUUGAAUGCAGACCUGGCCAAGGGGAUUUUGAGACAUGGAAGCUUGUGUCUUCGGCAGAUGGCUAGUGCUGCGCCUAGCAACACCACUAACAUCAAGAAUCUCAAUCAGCCACUUUCACAUUCCAGUGGAACCACUCUUGCUCUAGAUAGCAUUGCCUUUUCUCCCAUAAAGCAGAAUUCAAGGGAAGUAGAGCAUAUGGAGUUAAAAAAGAUACCUGCGCCUGCUGUUUUCCCGCCAAAUGCUAAUAAUGAUCAAAGCAAGGCCCCAGUGAAGAAUGUCAAAACUCAAGAAGUGAUGCGAUCCCCUGUGACUAAGAGUGAUGCUCCCAAGGAAAGUGGUCAACUCUUUUUGAUAUGUCCUAAAGAAAGCCCAGGACAGCACGUAACACCCUUGAAAGAAAAGAAAGCUGUCCAGCUUCCCAAAAAGCUGUCAUUUAAGAGUAGUGGGAUGCAGUCAUCUUGCUUUGUUUUGUCAGGUCAGGAGAGCAGACCGUUGGUGGAAUUUAAGAGUGAGGGCUCAUCAUCUCAGAGUCUGGAGGAGGGAUUGCUAGUGAAUGCCCAGUUCAUACCUGCUCAGCCACAAACAGUCAGACUUCACAAAGGCACCAGGAGUGUCAAAAUUCUCAAAGGUUCUAUGGUGAAACACAAAUCUCAUCUUGUCACAGUGCUGGAAAAUGGACCUCAGACUGGACGGGAGAAGGCCAAACCUGUGGGCAAAAAGUGUCACUUCCUGGAUGAAUUGGAUACAAAUAAGAAGCCAAGAAAGACCACUUUGAGAGGGAAGAAAGGUCUCCAUCUGCAGCCAGAUGCCAACCAUCUGAGUCGUCAGCCAGGCGUACUCAAGUCUGUGUUGAGGUCCCAUGGACAUAGCAGAGAACCAGUAGUUGCCAAGCCCAAGCACAAGAGAGCUGAUUAUCGGCACUGGAAACUCUCUGCAGAGGUAUCUUAUGAAGAUGCCCUUAGGCGGGCCAGGAGGAACAGGAGAGAAGCUGGAGGAGUCUAUUCACAGGUUCCGCAUCCUUAUAUUAGCCCCUAUGCCUAUGUUGCUAGUGACUCAGAAUAUUCAGCUGAAUGUGAAUCCCUCUUCCACUCCACUGUAGUGGACACCAGCGAGGAUGAAAGGAGCAACUAUACCACCAACUGCUUUGGGGACAGCGAGUCCAGCUUAAGUGGAGUGGAGUUUGUUGGUGAAAGUACAACCACCAGUGACUCUGAGGAAAGCGGGGGCCUCCUCUGGUCCCAGUUUGUUCAGACACUUCCCAUCCAGGCAGUGGCUGCUGCUUCGGAGCUCCAUGAAAAUGCAGCCAAAGCCUUUGUUAAGAUUAAAGCAUCCCAUAACCUUAAGAAGAAAAUCCUUCGUUUUCGGUCUGGCUCUCUCAAACUGAUGACUACUGUCUAA